ACGUAUAAAAUAAGACGGUAAACACUUAAAAAAUUGAUAACAAUUCUGAUCACACACCCAUGAGUUUUUAUCAUAUCACUCUCAUACCUACUUCACACACAUCGAGUCGUUCGUUCGUCAACUUUUUAUGAUCCAAAAUACAUACGCAACUAAAAAUGGAAAUCAAUAACGACCUGCUGAGUACGAUUUUAAGCGGCGACUCAUCAUCAUCAUCCAAGCUAGUAAUAUUGGACUGGAACGUCGAAAAGAACAUAAUCGCCUUAGGCAACAACAGCUCAUCUGAAUUAUCUCGACUAACGGUGGAAUACCAAAAAAAAGGCAAAACGUUCAAGAAAUCGUUCAUCUUGAAGAUACCUUCGGCACACCCCAUGUACGAUAUUGGAACCCAAUGGAAAAUGUACGAAAAAGAAUACCCAAUGUACACCGAAGUACUCGAAGAAAUGUAUAAACUCGACGGCGAGCACAUCGGCGCCAAAUUAUACUACACCGAUGACAAGCACUCGUUAGUUAUGAAGGACUUGUCAUCGUCCGGGUAUAAAAUGGUGGAUCGAAUCAAGCAAUUAGAUUUUCACCAAUGCUACACGGUUCUGAAGAGUUUAGCCAAAUUUCACGCUCUAUCAGUGAAGUUAGAUCAGCAUUCGAAGAUAAGUCCAGCUAUUAAACGACCAGCAUGGCCGGGGGACGCUGUGCUGGAAGGACAGCUAAAAAUGCACCUCAAUUAUAGCUGCGUUGAAUUCGCUAAAAUCAUAGAUCCUGAAUUUGGUCUGUAUGAGAAAGUUCUUCGUAUGAAAGACGAUCUCUGUGACAGAAUACGAGAAGAAGUCAUCUCAGAUCAGUUUAAAUUCAAAGUAUUAAAUCACGGAGACUGCUGGCUGGGCAAUAUGUUAUUCAAAUUCGACAAAUAUGGUAACGUUGCUAAAGUAAAACUAAUCGAUUACCAAUACUCGAGCUGGGCAUCUCCAGCUUUCGAUAUUUUAUGCUUUACGAUGGGUAGUAUGCAAUUCGAGGUGUUUGAAAAGCACUUCGAUGUUUUAAUGGAGACCUAUAUCGAAGCUUUGAACAAUACUUUGAAGUUUUACCAAUGUGGUUCGUAUUCUUUGCAAGAGCUAAAUCGUGAUAUGGAUAAUUUACGAGCUACCGCAAUUCUAAUAAUGUGCAGUCACCUUCCUCAAAUUUUAUCGAGUCACGAAGAGCCGAUAGAUUAUCAGCGUUUUGUAAAUAAUGGAAACGUAGAUAUCGAAUAUUAUGGAACGUUUUUCAAAAAUGAAAUCUACUCCAAAGUUGUAAAUCAAUGGAUUUCGUAUUACGUUAAAAAAGGUUUAUUCGACUAAAUUGGACUUGGCAUAUGAACGACGCACAUCAACUGGAGAAAAUAUUUCGUCAAAAAUAACAAAAAAAAGGAAUCUCAGAUGAAAAAAUAUGCAAAAUCAAAUGAAUGAAAAUGGACUCAUCUCACCAGCACCACAAUGUGAAGAUUUGUUGAAAGUGAAAUCGACUAAUGAAGCCUGAUACACUUUUUGUCGUCGUUUCUCACUGUACAAAAAUGGAACUUGGAAAUCACUUUUUUAUUUUUACUGCCUAUAAUUUUAGAGAAUGAUAUUAAUAAUAAACGAAGAUACAUAUUAUG